CUGCAGAACAGGUGAUCGUCUGCAGCAGAGAGUGCGCGCGUGGAACCAAGCAGCUCUGCCGUAGGUGCAGCCGCGUUUCCCUCCUCCUACGCCGCAUCGUCCUCAUCAUCACCAUCAUCAUCAUCAUCAGCAGCAGCAGCAGGCUCGAAAGAUGGUUGCGGCGCACACUUCUUCGCGUUCGUCGGAAUCUGCCGAGUGGGUUGUUUGUCUGGAUAAGAGCCUUCGACCUCUCCAAUUCUCCAGGCCCGCGGAGCGCUCUGGCGAGGACGUGGGCAUAAUUCUGGCGCGGCUGAGAAGCGUCAAGGCCUUGGAGCGGUUCCACCCCAGCCUGCUGCAGCAGAUCUGCCUGUGCGGCUUCUACGAGUGCCUGGAGAAAGGCAUCACCCUGUAUCGGCAGGGCGACAUCGGCACCAGCUGGUACGCCGUCCUCUCCGGCUCGCUGGAUGUCAAGGUGUCCGAGACGUCACGCUACCACGAUGCUGUCACUAUAUGCACGCUGGGCGCUGGCACGGCGUUCGGGGAAUCCAUCCUGGACAACACUCCUCGACAUGCCACCAUUGUUACGCGGGAGGUCAGUGAGCUGCUCCGCGUGGAACAGAGGGAGUUCAGAUCUCUGUGGAAGAAAUAUCACCAGUGCAUGGCUGAACUUCUUGCUCCACCCUGUGGUGUGAUGGAAAGUGGUUGCAACGCUGACAGAAUGCCGGAUAAAGAGAAUGUAAGCAACAACUCCUGUAUUCCAGUCUCCACGCAUCAUGACAAGAAGUCAUUGACUGACAGUCCAGCCAAACCCCACCCCAUAUGCAUUUCCCAGGUUCCGUCUGAGAAGAUCCUGAGGGCGGGAAAGGUCCUCCGCGACGCCAUCCUCUCCAGGGCGCCCCACAUGAUCAGAGACAGGAAGUACCACCUGAAGACGUACAGACAGUGCUGUGUGGGGACCGAGCUGGUGGACUGGCAGAUGCAGCAGAGCUCGUGCGUCCACUCGCGGGCCCAGGCCGUGGGCAUGUGGCAGGUGCUGCUGGAGGAAGGCGUCCUCAACCACGUGGACCGGGAGCCGAGCUUCCAGGACAAGUACCUGUUCUACCGCUUCCUGGAGGACGAGCGGGACGACGCCCGGCUCCCGAGCGAGGAGGAGGGGACGGAGAGCCAGGAGGAGCUGCAGGACACGCUGCUGCUGCUGUCGCAGAUCGGGCCCGACGCCCACAUGAGGAUGAUCCUGAGGAAGCAUCCGUCUGAGAGAACAGCAGAGGAUCUGGAGAUCAUCUAUGAGGAGCUUCUCCAUAUAAAGGCCUUAUCUCACCUGUCCACUACUGUAAAGAGGGAGCUGGCGGGAGUGCUCAUCUUUGAAUCUCACGCAAAGGCAGGAACCGUGUUGUUCAGUCAAGGGGAGGAGGGCACAUCCUGGUACAUUAUCCUGAAGGGUUCGGUCAACGUCGUCAUCUAUGGGAAGGGCGUCGUGUGCACGCUGCACGAGGGAGACGACUUUGGGAAGCUGGCUCUCGUCAACGACGCCCCCCGAGCCGCCUCCAUCGUCCUGCGGGAGGACAACUGCCACUUCCUCAGAGUGGACAAGGAGGACUUCAACAGGAUUCUGAGGGAUGUGGAGGCCAACACGGUGCGUCUGAAGGAGCAUGGGCAGGACGUUCUGGUGUUGGAGAAGAGUCUGAGCAGCUGUCGAACCUCCAACCGUGGAGCCUCCUCCUCCCAUUACAAAUAUAAGGUGAUGUCUGGGACGCCGGAGAAGAUCUUGGAGCACCUCCUUGAAAUGAUGCGAUUGGAUUCUCAAUUCACAGAGUCAGAGCUUCUCUCUACUUUCGCGGUUUCAGACUCAGCCUUGGACGACUUUCUGCUCCUGCACCGCGUCUUCAUCCCGGACGCUCAGCUGUUUCCGGUGUUCAUGGCCCACUACCGCGCCCAGGCCCUCCAGGGCUCCAAACAGGAGAAGCUGGAGUACACGCUGACCAACAAGCGCAGGGUGAUCCGCCUGGUGAUGCAGUGGGCUGCAGUGCAUGGAGAUCAGCUGCAGGAGGAGGACGCCGCAAGGGCCUUCCUGGAGAAGUUCCUAAUGGCUGUAUCUGAUGAUGCCAAAGUGAUUCAAGCCCUCAGUGACCAGCUAUCAGAGCUGGAGAGGCUCGUAAAGUGCAAUGCAGAAGAUGCCAGAGUCUCACAGAGAAAGCACAAAGUCCUGCUGCGGGAGUUCAGCACGGGAGACGAGAAGCUUCAGAAGCGACAGCCCAUUAAGAGUAGUGAUGAAAUUCUGUUCAAAGUCUACUGCUGUGACCACACCUACACCACCAUCCGGGUCCCUGUGGCUGCGUCGGUCUGGGAGGUCAUCGGCGCUGUGGCCGACAAGCUGGGCUCGGCAGAGGACCUGAUCCUGGUCAACCUCAGCUCAGCAGGAGAGAAAGUCGUCUUCAAGCCUGGUGAUGUUUCCGUGUUUUCCACUCUCAGCGUGAACGGGCGGCUGUUUGUCUGUCGGAGGGACCAGCUGGACUCCCUGACUCCUUUACCUGAGCAGGAGGGUCCUUCAUCAGGGUCACUGUCUGCUCUUGAGGUGCUGAGCUCUAAGGAUGUGGCUUAUCACAUGACUUCCUAUGACUGGGAACUUUUUCACUGUGUACAUGAGCUUGAACUCAUCUAUCACACCUUUGGGAAGCCACUCGUCAAGAAAACCACUGUGAACCUGGACCUGUUCCUCAGGAGGUUUAACGAGAUCCAGUUCUGGGUGGUCACGGAGAUGUGUCUCUGCUCUCAACUCAACAAGCGGGUCCAGCUUCUCAAGAAGUUCAUCAAGAUUGCAGCACACUGUAAGGAGUACAGGAACCUCAACGCCUUCUUUGCUGUGAUCAUGGGACUGAGUAAUCCAGCAGUGAGCAGGCUGAGUCAGACCUGGGAGAAGCUUCCCAGCAAAUUCAAAAAGUUUUACAGUGAAUUUGAAAAUUUGAUGGACCCUUCCAGGAACCACAGAGCAUACCGCCUGACCUUUGCCAAACUGGAGCCUCCUAUCAUUCCCUUUAUGCCACUGCUGAUCAAAGACAUGACAUUCACUCACGAGGGAAACAAGACAUUUAUUGACAAUCUGGUCAAUUUUGAAAAAAUGAGGAUGAUAGCUAACACGGUGAAGAUAGUGAGACACUGCAGGAAGCAGCCGUUCGCUCCAGAUUCACCUCUGGCCAACAAGAACCACCCAGAAGUCCGUGCUUAUGUUCGUCAGCUCCAUGUGAUCGACAACCAAAGAACGCUAACUCAGCUCUCUCAUGGACUUGAGUCUCGAAGAUCUUGAAACCACUCAGGGACGUUGAUGUUACACUCGAAUGCUGCAUCUGGUUGGGUGUCACAUUGCGAUAUUGAAUCAGUUGCCAUCGACUUAUUUAGCCUAUUGUUACAGCGGUUUUACAGAACAGUGAUUGGUGAUGUGAAGAGUCUCUCAUCAUCAGCCUCAUCUCAAACUCAGCGAAGAACCUAAAGAUCUCAUUUAUCAGAUUAGUGAAAAACGGUUCCCAUAGAAACACUGUGUGCUGUGAGCUUCAAAAUGUGAUAUGUCGACGUGUCAAUAUUUUUGUAUCAACCAGUAUUUGCACAGAUUUAAGUCUGUGAGAUUAUUAUGUGUUUUAAAUUGUGUACAAAUAUUUAUUUUGAUGUCGGCAUGCACAGAGCUACGAUUGCUUGACUUUUUAUUCAUGUGAGCACACAGUUCAUUUUCAAGCCUGACAUGCAGUAAAUGUCCGAUAACAUUUUGUGAUGUAAAUAGUAAAUAUUUUAAAUGUA